ACUAUUAAAAUAAGCAAAAGUACAUUCAAUGACGUCAUGAAAAAAUUCCCGACAGGUAAGGCAAAGCUGUAUGUAAUAAAUGCACUGUUACAUAUGAGGAAGUUUGCCUGAUCACGUCUAAGGUGUCAGAAUAUAACACUUGUUAAAAUAUCUCUGGAUUAAAUUUAACAAAUAAAGCAUUCUCAUGUUUGUCGAAUGGAGACGUGAACGAGGCGACUCGUCACCUUACGUCACGACACGGGCCGGUAGCCAUGGAGAUACUUCCACAACAGGAUGGUCAAAUUUAGUCAGUUAUCAGAAUUUCGGAGAAGCUCAGGACAGUGCAAAAGUAUUGAAAUCGACAUAAAAUACACUAUCUUUAGAACAAAUAAGUGUAUUUGGCGUUAAGAUCCAUACAAGCCUCGUCGUGGUAUGGUACCACCUUCGAAGUCUGCCUGUUCCCAUCCUGACUUAAGUGUUUGGCUGUUUGCUGGGUACUCAGCCGGUGACAGGUCACCAUAAAGUGUUUAGACAAGAAUGACUUGUGGCAAAUACAUAGUUUUUCCAAGACUGCAUGCACAUCUGGACAACCCCCGUGGCCACCAACCUGGUGGUCAACACACCGCUUAUUGAGUGUUCGAUUUGAUAAAUGGAAUUGGCAGCGUAAAAAAAAAGAUGUAUUGUGUGAGGUUUGGAGGCAAUAAUACAGGUGCGAUGGACAACGUCUCAUUUCACUGUUUAUCAGAGCCGUUUAGAAUGAGAGUGAGAAGAUUGAAAAUAUGUCAAGGAAGAGGCGGGUAAUGUGGCGUUACAAACUAGCAGAGCUGAUCUCACGCCAGCCAACUAUUUCUGCUAUUUUUAUUUAUUUUUUACGACAGACACUUCGACAUCAUGCCAUUUUUUUCCACUGCUUCCAAAGUUUCUCUAUACUGUCAAGUUUGUAGCCCUCGUCUAUAGCGACUGGAAAAAUUAUAACAUAGCAAAUAAUAACUCCGGCUAAAACUUAUCAACACUGGUAUUGACAUUCAAAUUCAUCUAAAGGUUAGGGCCCUGCGUACUUGUACAUGUGGCUAAAAAUGUAAUGUCAACUAACUACCAGGGUUACACUUAACUCUCCAGAUUGAGGCUUUUGUCGGAGGAAAUUGUUUACAUGCACUGUAUGUGUACAGUCGAAGUUGUUUAGCUGUCUUGUAUGCAGGGACUCAAGCCUGGACACACUAGAAAGAAACCCGUGCACCCUCGGAGAAUAGCGGGCAAGGCUGGACAGAUUUGUGGGUCCUACUGUACAAGUGCAGUUGGCCUGGGCCAGACACGCACACAUGCUGCUGCAUUGCUGAUUGUCAUUGCGACAAGCAUCAUGUUGAGGGACCCCAAGUCACAUUGGCGGACACCAGCCGCAAUGUCAAAGAAAGGUGGGUUUGGACAUCAUCGGAAAGACACGCCACUCAGCCACGCACAGACACUGAGUCUGUGCACGGUGGACGGCAGCAGUGAUACUCAGCCCCGGAGAGUCAACGGCUCUUCUGUGGAGGCACCGAGCUACCAGAACUUGCACCGAGAGUUGCUGCUCAGUCACAAGCGCGGCCUUGUCCUGGAGGAGAAGCCGGAGCUGAAGCGAGUGCUGGAGCAGCGGCGACUAGUGCUGCACAGGGACCAGGAGAUGGCUCAGCAGCGGCCCUCGGAUCUGGAGACGGAGCUUCGCAAAAGACAGCAGAAGCUGCAAGAGUACGAGCAGGAGGAGAUAAGGCAGAGGGAGAACCAGCAGAAGAUACCAGAAUUUGUUCGUGUAAAGGACAAUCUGAGACGCACGCAGAUGUUCGAGCAGUGAAGUGCUGGCCAUUCAACUGCCAUCAGUGCAUAUUAUUCACUGGCUCUCGUCUCCAACUUGGAACCAAGAGUCAUUUAUGGCGGGAAACACAAAGUUCGAUACAGUCUGUUCAGGUAUUCCUCACAGUUGUCUUUACGUGUGCUGAGUGAAUGGUUUUGAUGUGUUUUUUUACUGUCAGGGUGUUAUUUAAACUGACCCCAAAUCAACUACUCCAAAGCAGUGGAAGGGCUACACCUCUUUCAUGAGAUGUUUUCAGGAUGUUUUGGAAAAACACUCUUAUGUCUAAACAAAAGUGAUAAACUGAAAGGUUUCUGUCACAACUUUUGCUGUUCCAAGAGUGCAGUGAAAAUAAAGCGUAUGGCUCACAGAGA